GCGUAGAUUUAAAUUACAAAACUACGCGUGACCUUACCACACAUCUGAUGAUCGUCUGAGAAAAUACACACACGUGUAUAUGACACACUUGAGUUUUCCAGAAAGUAUUCCGGUGUAACGCACGCGCUCAACGUUCCUUCUUAACCAGUUUCACUGCUAAUGAGAUUCCUCCGCUCUCGUGUGUUAAGCUCGACAAAAUAUACGAGCUAUCCUCUCGCUGCCAUGAAACGUUGUCCAUUAUUCAUUGUCCUUCUGAGCGUCGUCCUUGCGUUCGCCAGCGGCGAUCCCGUUGGCGAACAGCUACCUGAGGUGAUCGCACCCAUCGGGAGAAUUCGCGGUUCCAUCUUGACCUCCAGACUCGGAAAAGAGAUCUAUUCCUUUCGUGGUGUGAGAUAUGCCGAGCCACCGACCGGACAGCAACGUUUCCAGGUUGCCAUUCCAGCGGCGGAUUGGAAUGGUGUCUUUGAUGCGACCAAAGAAGGACCCUCUUGUCCAGCAAUACACGCGGAAAAUAUAAUGGAGGAUUGUCUUCGUGUGAAUGUCUACACCACGAAAUUACCAUCAGCGAGCGAUCCUGUAAAGAGACCCGUAUUGGUAUUCUUUCAUCCUGGUGGCUUUUAUGUAUUCUCAGGUCAAAGUUCUAAUUUUGGACCUGAAUACUUGCUGGACAAAGAUAUCGUUCUCGUCAUCGUUAAUUAUCGUCUCGCGUCUCUAGGUUUUCUAAGCACCGGUGACUCGAAGGCACCAGGCAAUUUGGGCUUGAAAGAUCAAGUCGUGGCUCUUCGAUGGAUUCAGAGAAACAUAGUCACCUUCGGUGGCGAUCCUGACAGCGUGACGAUAUCCGGCUACAGCGUUGGUGGAUUGAGCGUGAUGCUGCACAUGGUUUCGCCGAUGUCCGAAGGAUUAUUCCAUCGCGCAAUCAUGAUGAGUGGCUCGACGAUGUUAGAACAGUUUCCUACCGAACAAUCACACUUGGCGAAGAAGCAAGCCGAGCUAUUGAACUGCCCGACCGAUACCACGGGAUCUAUGUUGAUCUGCUUGAAUUCUAAACCGGUGGAGAACUUCACAGACACUAUUCCCAAGUUUUUUGAAUGGUAUGGGAAUCCGAUAUUGGUAUGGACACCCGUAGUGGAACCCGAGGUUCACGGCGUGGAGAGAUUCUUGCCUGAACAGCCCAUUGAUCUUAUUAAAAAGGGAAAGUUCCACAAGGUUCCGCUGAUCGCAGGAGUCACCAAGGACGAAUUCGGCGGCGUGGUCGCUUUUAUCGAAAAGCAACGUGAACUCGGAAAUAACUCAAUCUUGGACGACUUAAACAAUGACUGGUACAAACUCGCACCCAUCAAUUUCAUGUACGAACGGGAUACACCCCGUUCCAGAUACAUAAGCACCGAACUACGUCAAUUUUACUUUGGCAACCAAUCAAUCGGUCCAGACAUGUAUGACGGUAUCGCACAUAGCAAAGCCGAUAGUGUAAUUAUAUUUCCUUUGCAUCGCACCGUAAAAUUGUUCGCAGAAAAUACUGAUCAACCAAUCUACUUUUACGUAUUUUCUUAUCAAGGACGAUACAGCUUCGUCAUGUGGAACGAAACUACGCCGUACGGAGUGGUGCAUCAUGAUGAUUUGCAAUAUCUAUUCUUGAUGAGAUUCAAAUUUCCCUUCUUCGAGAACGAUGCUCCGGAAAUACCUACGGUGGAACUUAUGACAAGUAUGUGGUCGAACUUCGCUGCAACUGGACAACCAAUACCAUCGGCUUUAGCAAACAACGUCACAUGGGAACCAUACUUAUUAGAAACUGACAACUACUUAGAAAUUUCCGAGAUACCGGGAAUGAAGACAGGACUUUAUCCCAAUAGAAUGCAAAAGUGGGAGAGCCUGUUUCCUUUGAAUUCAAAAUAGCAACCGAUUUAUAUAAUAUCCAAAAUCGCGAUACUAUAAGUUGUAAUAAAUAUGAUCAUGUCAAGCUUGUUGAACAAAAAAUGUAUAUAUCAAAUCUACUAUUCGAGCAAAUGCAAGCAAUUAUAUAUAAGUAUCAUGUUUAAUAAAAAAAAUGUCUUUUUUCUAAUAAAAGAUAUAUCUUCAAAUAUGCUAUAA